AUGUCUGUUGCUUCUACAACAAUUAAUUCGGGAUUUAACGACGAAGAAGAGAAAGAUCGUGUGGGUCAGAACUUCAGAUGGCCUGUUUCGAUGAAUGAUUGUGAUAGGGAAACGGCUUUCUUUUACAUAGCAGAUGAUGCUGCCUUGGAAUUUGACGAUGAAACUGGAUUUAAUCUCGUCGCCUUCUUUGACAAUCUCGAUAAAAGCACAUUUGAUGAGCAUAAGGACAACUGGGUGUUGGUGUAUAAACAGGAAGUGAAGAAAUACGGGUCAAAGCUUACGGGCAAGGAACUAUUUGAUCUCGAAGGUGAAAUGCCUGGUGCAAUAUACUUACAAGUAGAUAAAUCACGUCGAGAAGAUCUUGUGAAAGUGGCGCCAAUAAAGACAGUAUGUGUUUUACGUGCUGGAAAUGAGCACAUGAUACUUAGAACAACGAAUUCCGUUACACUUACGUAUAAUUUUCGUGAUCCUAAUAAUCGCAAUAAACUGUACAAAACUAUUAUUGAUUCGGCUGCACCUGAGACGAUACUUCCAUAUCAUGUCCGGAGGAUGCUUGGAAAAAGAGGAUGGCAUCCUAUCCGUCAUUUUGCUACAGGAUAUGGUGCACCGUCUCGUGUUUAUGUUGCAUCAAUGGCAAUUGAGGUGGCGAUUGGAGAUGAUAAUAGUUGGAGUAAAUGGAUAAGAACAGAUACUCUUAGAGUUUAG